CAGCCGACGAACCAGCUGCAGCCCGGUCAUAUCACAAGAAGAUUUGGACACAUUUAAUCCUGUCAGAUGUUUAUGUCGCUGUAGUUUCCGCGUUUCUGAGGUCGACAGAGCUGACAUAAGUAAAGAAAUAGUGAUUGAAAAAACACCCGGAGAACCCCGUACCUCGGGGUUGAACUCUUCCCCCCCUUUUCCUCGCCAAAACCAGUUGGGCAAGGAGCAAUACAGUUAAAAUGGAGAACCUGCACUCACACUGCCUUAAAUGCAUCAACAGAAGAUGCAUGGUAAGACCAGAGACAGGCGUUUGCUGCGACCUCAUGGGCUGCCCUCUUGUCUGUGGUGCAGUUUUUCACUCAUGCAAACUAGAGGAACACCGUCUGCUGUGUCCAUACGAACGGCUGCCAUGCCUUAACAGGGGAUUCGGCUGCCCGUUCACUAUUGCGAGAAUCAAGAUGGCACAACACCUUGAGACGUGCCCCGCAAGUAUAGUAUGUUGUACUAUGGAGUGGAAUCGCUGGCCAGUGAGCUACUCUGAUCGCAAGUCGUAUGAAAACUUGAGCAAAGACUUUGAUGAGGUGGAGCAGCUAGACAUGGCCUUGGCCCUGCAGGAUCAGAGGAUGCUGUUAGAGUCCCUGAAGGUUACGACCACUGUGUCAAAGAAUGGAGAUAAGGAAGCAGAUGAAAGUGACAAAAUGGCCACAGCAUCAAGUGUACCAGAGAUGGUGUUAGGCAAUGGUUCUGUGGAAAUGGAGGAGGAGCCCUAUAAUGAGUUAUAUAGAGCCUCAGUGGAGAAUAGCAGAAGUUUAGCAGUGGCCUUGGACAUCCUUACUAAUUCCAAGGAUAUUGGUGCAAUUGUUGGAAAUUUAAAUGGGGCAAAGACUGACAAGAAUGGAGCCCUCCGUAAUGGAGAAAAUGGUGAUAGUCAUAAUGUUUAUGUUGCUGAGGCUGGGAAGAAUGUAGAUAUGCAAGAGAGUGACUCUGAUUCAGAGUGUGAGCUUGGAGCAGUAGGUGGAGUGGAUUGUGCAGUGGGGACAGACGGAGAAGAAGAUGGCAUUGGCUGGGUAGAAGAAAAUGAUUUUGUAGAGUUGUUUUUUGAAGAGAAGGAAGACAUUAUCGAGGAGCCGAUAAAUGAUUCCAACCUUGUCUGGCCAGAGAUGCCUCAGGAUUACAUGCCUGUUAUAGCACUGGAACACCCCGUGCCUCAACAAGCACCACUUUCACCUCCAGUGCCAUUCCUGCUGUCUGGUCAUGUGACAAAUAACUUCUUACAACACUUACCCACUGAACUCAGGUAUAGGUGUUUAGAGCGUAAGCUACAGAAUGUGGAAGUGCUUAGAGGAAUAAGUAUGUUUACAUUUAACGGCCGUCGAGCUCUGCUCUCAGACCCAUACUUGUUUCGAGCAAAGAUGGAGGACAAGGCAGUGGACACAUCUGACCUGGAAGUAGCAGAUGACCCCAUGGGCCUCCACGGCAUCGAUCUCAUCACUGCAGCUUUGCUCUUUUGCCUCGGCGACUCUCCGGGAGGCAGAGGAAUCUCAGACAGCAGGUUUGUUGAUGGCUACCACAUUGACUUUGGUACUCAGACAUUCUCCUUCCCUUCAGCCAUUCUUGCAACCAACACCAUGGUGGGAGACAUCGCUUCAGCCUCAGCCUGCGAUCACGCCAGCCCACAGCUUUCCAAUCCGAGUCCCUUCCACACUCUCCGGCUGGACCUGGUGCUCGAAUGUGUGGCCCGAUACCAAACAAAGCAGCGCUCCAUGUUCACGUUUGUGUGUGGGCAGCUGUUUCGGCGUGAUGAGUUCUCGUCUCAUUUCAAAAAUGUUCACGGGGAUAUUCACGCCGGACUCAACGGCUGGAUGGAGCAACGUUGCCCCUUGGCCUACUAUGGCUGCACCUACUCCCAGAGACGAUUCUGCCCGUCUGUACAGGGCUUCAGAAUCAUCCACGACAGGCACCUUGGCUCGUUUGGGGUUCAGCCUGGGAUGCCCUUAAAAACUGGGGACAGCCUCCCAAGAAACACCUCCCACUUUAAUUCUCAGUGCGAUCAAUUCAGCGGUCUUCCAUUCGAGGUGUUGCAACAUGUAGCAAGCUUCCUGGACAGCUUUAGCUUGUGCCAACUGUCCAGAGUGUCCCGCGCAAUGAGGGAUGUGUGUGCUAGCCUGCUCCAGAUGCGUGGCAUGGUCGUCCUGCUGUGGGAGAAGAAACGGCGUGCUGAUGGCUCCCCUUCAUGGCAGAUCACAGACAAGGUCUGGAGAUUCAGCACAGCUUUUGGUACAGUGAACGAGUGGAAGUUCGCCAACAUUGCCAGCAUGGCCGACCACCUCAAGAAGUGCAAGUUCAAUACGAUCGCUCGUCGGGAAGAGGCCAUCCCCCUGCCGUGCAUGUGUUUCACCAGAGAGCUCACAAAAGAGGGAAGGUGUUUACGUUCAGUUCUCAAACCAGUAGCAUAAGUGUUUUUCAAAGAUGAAAUCAUCUUUUGGACAUUUCUGAGACCAUUAGAACUCAAAAACACACAUUUUCCUCCAGUGUUUACAGACAGUAGUCUCUACCAGCCUCAAAGAUAGAAAACCCCUGAUUGAAUGUUGUAAACUGUUGGUUGUUCUUCGCGUCACAGUGGAAAAAAAAAACCUUCUCUCCCAUUAAUAAAUCAUAAGCUAGUAGUGGGCUGAUUUAUACUUGAGUGGAGGCGAGCAUCCUGCAGUCACAGAUCAGACUGUGAACAAGCACAUUAAAUUGCUUGCCUUUUAUCUUCCCCUCUAAUGGAUUCAUUAAUACCAGUGUACUGAAGUUGUAUCCUGAUCUACUCUGACAUUGUGUAAAUAAUCCGAUGUUUCGAUGUAGAAUUGCUUUAUUUUUAUAUCAAAAAGACAGUACUGUGCUACGAUGGAGGUGAGAGUAGAGCCUUAACUUAUGAUACACUUGAUUUUCUAGUCAUGCGGUGGUUCAGAGCAUCUCAGUGAGAUUUCUCUACUGCUUCCAGCUGGAACAGUUUACUGGUCUCGUGCACGGUUUUAUAUCUUCUCCUGAUACCUAGAGUGACCAUUUGUGUACUGCCUAGAGCUCAUAGAUUUCAUGGCUUUAAUUCUAAGACUGACCAAACAUCUGUGGUAGCUGUGCACAAGGUAUGCCGUUUUACAGCCAUACUGUAUUCACUGUGGGUGUUGAUAUUUGUUCACCAGCAUAAGGCAUGUCACCAUCAUGUUUGGUGUUUUAAAUAUAGUGUGUUUUGUGGUUUGGCAUGUUAUAGCAGUGACAAAGGUGGUCCAUCUUCCUUUUUUUCUUGUCUCAUCUCUGACUAAUGGGCUGGCAUGUUAGUCAGGUGAGAGAUGUAAUAACACUAUCCACCAGCCAAAUAGCAAAACAUUUUUAGCUGUGGUUGGCUGGUGGUUCGUCUGUUCAGCCGGCUAUUUUUACAAGUAACCAGCGAUUGUUUGCAGGUUGUUUUAUACAGAAAUCUAAAUGUAGCAUGCAAAACGAUGAAUGUACUCCAUGAAUCCAUCAGUGACUGUGGUUAGUGAGCAGAAAGCUUGGUUUCUUUCCCUCAGUGUCAGACCUCAUGAAACCCUGCAGGCCAGGUGUUAAGAAAUUAACGGGCACACACUUCCCUCCAGUAAUGAGCAUCACUAAUUGUGUUCAUAUUCAUUAUUUAUCCUGGUUGUGUGUUUUUGGCACUACAUGUCCACUGUGUUCAAACAUUGUUGGUGUCUCAGGGUUGUAGCGCGAAGCUUUGUCUCGCAGUAGAUUGCAGAGAACGACACGUCGACUCGUCAGCUGCUUGAUUCUUGUGGGGUCUCAGAACUGACUGACGUACCACUCAGUAUUAUAAUAACAUAACAGUGUGUGUUGAGGUGCUGGACUAACAUAUUACAUGUUUUUAAGCUUGUCAUCCAUCAGCGUCGUGUUAAAAACAGAGGAACUGAAAUAGGCUGUCAGCAGAAAUGCUGUUUGAAUGUUCUUUGGAGUGAUCGGACUUGUUGAACACCUUUUUGAUUGUACUUUUAGUUUGGGUUAAGAAAUGAAGCCAAACAGCACAUGAACAUAAUAUGUUUUGCUCCCUUAUGUGAGAAAAUGGCUUCAAAUGUUUUGCAGUGUGGAAAUUUGGUUAAAAAAAAAACGUCAUAGACAAAUUAACUCAUUACUGGUGAUAACAAAACAGAGAUAUUCCUUUGAGAAAAUAGUGUGAUUUUGUUGUUUUUGUAUUUUUAAAGUUUGAUGUAAAGCCCAAGCGAUUUCAGAACUAAGCUGUCUUUUUACUUAAGUCCCAAUCCCUGUUUGGUUUAUUUCCUUUUUUUUUUUUGUACUGGUACUUUUAUUUGGAAAGGAAAAGAAUCUGCCUCUGUAAUGUCUGGAUUUGUAUUUGAAUUAUUGAUUUGCACAUGAAGGCAUGUACUGUAAAUUUUAAUCAUAAUGCUGAGGGGUUGUCUUUGCUCGAGUAGCGGGAAUUUUUACUCCCUCGUGUUUUGCAUGUGAGUUUGAUGUCUUUGAAAAAUGUAUCAGUCCACUUGCAGACUCAUUUACACCGUUUAUUUCUCAGGCUCAGUGCAUCGGUUUAGACAUUUUCAUAUUAACUGUUCAGUUUUUUUUUUAAACUUGUAAUGAACUUCAGCCAGAUCUGAUCACAUGCCCUCAUUCUUCUGGUUUACCAUUAAACGAGCCUUUUGCUCUAUUGAGUUCAUAUGAAAUAAGGACAUGUAUACGUCAUCUGUAGCAGACCUUAGUGUAUCAACACUUCCAUCUUGUUUUCACUCCUCCUGAAGUGUAUUUUUCACCACAAUAUGCCAGCUUCAUUUGUUUGACUUCUGAAGCAUUUUAAUAAAGAGGCUCUCGGUU